AUUCAGAACACCAUCGCAACCAAAGUUUCUCUCGGUCGUCGUCGUUAUCGCUGUCAGACCUAGCACAAAAUUCAAAGAUUCGAAUUGUGGACACAGCAGGAAAUAUUCUGGCCUCGAAUGACACCUAUCACUGUUCCAUCCACAGCACUGUUAAGCAUCUCAUCAGGGAAAACCGAAGUGUUCCAGGGUCAGCGGUACAAAGGACAUUGACAGGGGUUACCAUUCCUGAAUUUCCGACAGCACUCUUCCCUACACAUCGUAACUUCGGCGCUCAGACGCGCUACAGCUCAAUCAUUGACGUUGCAAUGGCUUUGAGAAGGAUUCGCGUAAUAGCACGUACAAGCACGGCGCUUAAUCUUGCGAUCUUAUCAUCAUCAUUGACCAAGGAUAUGUCGACGAUGGCCAUCUUUCCUCCGGCGUGUGCUGCUUUCGCUAUCUUGGAGCAAAUACUGCAGAUAGUCAAGGACGUUCAAUCUAACAAAGAAGCUUGUCAUCGCCUUGUCCACAAAUGCGCUCGGAUUUUGUUCAACAUUAACGAACAGAUGGAAGGGAGAUGGGAAUCUGCGUCUCCGUUGCUACUCAAGAAUAUCAGUCGUUUUCAGGAGACACUGACCAUGAUACAUGCUUUCAUGGUAAAAGAAACGCAGGCUAAAUGGAGCAGCCGCUUGUUACGCAAGAAUUCGAUUGAAGGCGCAUUAAACGAUUACUCCGAACUACUGGACGAGGCGUCACAGGCAUUUCAGAUUGCAGCACUCAUCAACAUUCAGCAUACAGUCGAAGUGUCCGCCGCCCAGAAACAGAAUUCUAAGCUCGCUAUAGAAGCACAGGGCAGUCGCGCCCUUGAAACCGUCCUUCAUAUGCCGCAACCUCGCUCGUCGACACCUCCACCAUAUCACAACACCAACAGAGCCGUAACCGAAGAAAGUGUACAAGACGACUUCCAAUACGCCUUCGAUGACAUUGACAACCAUGGUUUCCAAAGAUAUCACAAGUCAGAAGUUCGUUUGAAGGGUUCACUCGGAGCUUCCACUUCCAACGGCUGGUGGUCAGAUGUGAACGAUGCACUUGUGUACGGAGAACCUUCGCUCGUCCGAAGGUACGAUCAAGGUACCAAGACCGGUGCUGUUAAGGCAUGGAUCCAUGACGUGAGGAUCCUUCAAAAUUUAUACCAUCCAAACCUACCCCAAAUGAUCGGGGUGUCCUCAAAUGAGGCUGGGACGCCGUUCAUAGUCUUAUCCCAUGUCCAAUGGAGAUCUCCAGAGAAUCUCUUGAUCGAUUCCCUGAACAAAUUCGGCUUAGCUGGAUGCAUAAACACCGUUCUGCAUUUUUACGCCGACAUUUCCAACGCCGCCGCAUAUCUUCAACGACAGCUUGAGCUGACCGACUCGCAAGUACAAGACGUCAUUGAGAGUGUAGCCUUUGUAGCAGACGGGGGUAAAAAUUUGAUCAUGGGCCUCCCGCUGCCCAAGGAAGGCACGUGGGUGACCGCCAGAAAUUACAGCUUGGCCGAUACUAUAGGGUCUGCUGCUAUGAAGUUUUUGCCACCCCGAGGUUCGGUGAUACUGAACAGAAACGGGGUGAUUGAUAAUGACGAGAUUAUGCGACUCCAUCAUGUUGCGGCAUUGGUCGCGGGGUUUAUGCCCAAAGCACGAGAGCCUCAUGGCCUUCCUGAAAGGACAAGGGCAUUGCUGACUGACGUUGGCGAACCUUUGAACGGUCUAAUGAAGGGCAAAACGCCUUCACUUCACCAGCUGAGAUUGUCAAGCUUAGAGGCAGGGACUCACGACCAUGCCUGGUGCACAAACCUGGGAGUUCUUCCAUGUCGGUUUUCAGUGGGAGACUUUGGAUAUAUUCCUCAACAAACAGGGCUCACGAAGUCGGGUAAAUCGUUCAAGGACUUUGUGCUUUUAGGAAACACACUCCGUGGCGACUUUGCCAAGUUCGUUGUUGAGAGAACAUGCCAUGGUACUCAAUUCUGCUGGAAGGACUUUCCUAUGACCCGUCAACCGGUCAGCGCGUUCAGUUUGACAGGUGAUAUUCAAUGCUGGCCUAUAGUAGUACCUCCAGGAGCGCAGAUAGACUGUGACAUAACCCAUGAGCAGUCUAUAGUCAAUACUGCGGACGCUUGGCGCUUUCUCAUACAAGAGUCUCGCUCCCUUGCUGAGGAGCUGGGCAUACGACCCCAUGACCUGAUUCUCAUCACCCAGACCGGACUAUCUAGACACGCCUACGUCAACGACUUUGCAACCUCUGUCAAGCUUGGACCCUCGCAUUGGCGUCCUCAGCCUCUCGGCGUACGACAACUCCCCCGGCCUUUCUUCCCGCAUCAACCGCCAGCCAUGGCAACGCCCAUGUACUUGCACACUUCUUUUGAUGAUAACUACGAGCCCUAUUGGUCUCAUCAGCCUCAGUAUAUGUCACACGAGCCGCAAUCAAAACCGCCACCCCUUUCACGAGGAUGGACUUCUACGGUCGGAUCGGAUACACAAUUUGUUUAUUGGAUCCAGCUCCUUCCUGAGGAUUUUGAUGACGCCUAGUUCACUUGAGACCGUGCGCUGGUGCCAAUCAACUACGGUGACGGGGCAACUUCAUAGUCUACCAAUGACGUUGACAUUCUUGAUUAAGUCGGCAGAUGGAUCCUCUUACGACGUAAUGCGUUUAAUGGGGUCUGCGCUGUGAAGUGAUCACGUCGAUAAUGUUUCCCCACUGACUGUCACUAGUCAAUAAAUUGCAAUUAACCAACUUGAAGCCUUGUAAAGCUCGACACUGAUGUGAACAGCAUUCGGGUCAGGAUGGUUUCAAUUUCGGUCCCAAGUCGGAUAAUUCUGUUUGCGUAUGUGCUACUGGAGGCCGAAAUGCAAAAUUUACAGAGUAUGGAUUGACGCGUAGAGUGUUAUCCUCAAUGUCCGCUCCCCUUGUUCUACUUGUAGAAGAC